AUGACUAAUGUAGUCGGGCCGCCAGCAGUGUAUUGCGACCAAAAAUUAACUCUAUUUACAAAACAGCUUACCCUAAUUCUAAGUGUCAUUGUUUGCAUUCUCCAACACAUUGUAGUUUCUGAAACGCGUACUGCCGAAAUUCAUUCUACUGCAUAGGUCCAACCCGAGGUAUUCGACUGUUGGGCGACAUUUGAACAGCCCUGGGGUGCCAAGGCAUACGUGAUCUGUCUUCAUCAUCCCGUUGUUCGUGCUAGUCUACACCUACACCCGAAUCUGUAG